AUGGCCACGUCGAUGGGUACAUUUUCCUUCAAUUCUCGACUCUCCCCGGAAUCCAAGCAGAAGCUUUCUCAUUUCAUCAAGGUCUAUGGAGCACAUCGUCCUGCUGUGCAGCGUUUGCUCAACCUAACCUUUAUCGGAUACAUACUUGGAGCAACCUAUGUAGGGCUAUCGGGAGGUAUGGUCUCCUCGAAGAAGGAAGGCCGCCCCAAGAAAGGCAAAGGUGGCGGGGUCAGUGGGAAAUCUGAGCGAGUAGCGGUGGAUGCAAUGUUUUUUCAGCGUCUAGCCAAGAUAAUCCGCAUUGUUAUUCCUGGUAUACGUUCUAAGGAAGCUUUGCUUUUGUUGAUGCAUUCGAGCCUGCUUGUCUUCAGAACCGCGAUUUCGCUUUACGUUGCAGCCCUCGAUGGAAAAAUUGUAGCUAGCCUUGUUCGCGCCCAACCUCUCCAAUUCUUUUAUAACAUUUUGCGUUGGCUUCUAGUGGCCAUACCAGCAACUUGGACAAACAGCUGGCUUUCUUACAUUCAGAACAAGCUUGCAAUUGCAUACCGUACUCGUCUGACACAAGAAGUAAUGAAGCAAUAUCUGGGCCAGGAAGGGCAAGGUUCGGACGGAAAGGUUUACUAUAAAUUAGCAAAUCUGGAUGACAGAAUCAAGAACCCUGAUCAAAUGAUCACUCAUGAUAUACAACGGUUCUCCAGCCAUCUGGCCUCUAUGUAUGCCAACUUGGCAAAACCUGUUCUCGAUGUUAUUCUGUAUAAUUAUCAACUAUCACAGAAUGUUGGAGCAGAAGGAGUGAUGGGUCUCACAUUUUUUGUCCAGCUUUCGGCAAUGCUUUUGCGCUAUAUGACGCCGCCAUUUGGAAUGUAUACCGCUCUCUCUGCCCAAAUGGCCGGAUCCCUACGUCAUACACACUCACGCCUUGUCGAAUUCGCAGAAGAGAUAGCAUUUAUGAGAGGAGAAACAACAGAAAAGAUGCUUAUUGAACGAGAAUACGCGGCUUUGAUCGCUCACGAAAAUCGAGUUCUACAACGACGAUGGUGGUUUGGUUGCGUCGAAGAAGGCAUUAUCAAAUGGCUUUGGGGGAGUUUUGGGCUCGUUCUGUGCGCCAUUCCCGUCUUUUUCAAACUGCCUGGUGCUGUCGACACUGUUGAUCUUGGUGGUCGAACAGAAGGAUUUGUAACCAAUCGCCGCUUACUAUUAUCCUCUUCAGAUGCCUUCGGACGAGUGAUGUAUUCAUAUAAAGACCUUUCAGAAUUGGCCGGCUAUACGGCACGUGUAUCUCUUCUUCUUGACACCAUGCAAGAUGUUCGCGAUGGCAAGUUUGACAAGGCUCUUGUAAAUAGUGCAACGAAGGACGACAAUUCACUCACUUUGCAAGGGCGCGGUGAAGUGAUAGAAUCCGAGGAUAUUCGUUUUGAAAAUGUGCCUAUCGUUACACCAAACGGAGAUGUCCUUGUAAAGAGUCUUAGCUUCCAUAUCAAACCUGGGCAAAACCUCUUGAUUGUGGGUCCCAACGGUUGCGGCAAGUCGUCUUUAUUCCGAAUCUUAGGCGGACUCUGGCCAGUUUACGGAGGCGUUGUCCACAAGCCAUCAGCAUCACAAUUUAUCCUCAUUCCUCAACGUCCUUAUCUCCCCCUGGGGACGCUUAGGGAUCAAAUCAUAUAUCCUCAUUCUCAAGAGGAAAUGUACAAGCGCGGCGUAACAGAUGAUGAUCUCUCCAAAAUUCUCAGUGUCGUUGAGAUGAGUCACAUUGUCGAACGCGAAGGAGGAUGGAACGCAACCAAAGAGUGGCGUGAAGCACUCAGCGGCGGAGAUCAGCAAAAGAUAGCAUGGGCAAGGCUGUUCUAUCACCAUCCGAAGUAUGCUGUCUUGGAUGAGGCAACCUCUUUAGUGCCCACUGAAAUGGAAGGCAUGAUGAUGGAAUACGCCGGGAAGUUGAACAUUACGCUCCUCACGGUUUCUCAUAGACCAUCCCUUUGGAAGUAUCAUGCUGUGAUUUUGCACUAUGACGGACAAGGAGGCUAUGUUUUUACCAAACUAGACGCCGAGAAACGUCUGGCCCUUCAAGAAGAAAAACAAAGUCUAGAAACAAAGUUGCUAGAAGUUCCCAAGAUGAAAGCCAGAUUAGCUGAGCUGAGGACUUUAACCGGCUAA